AUGGCAGACUACGCCUCCACCCCCCUAACAACCACCAACCUAGCCACCGCCCUCCUCCGUCUCAGCCCGCUGAUGAUCUCCUCCGCGUCGCUGAUGUGCGCCUGGGACCAGCAGAACGCCUUCCGCUCCUUCCUGGCGCCGCCGCUGCUCCGCAAGCCCAACGACAUCUGCGCCCACGUCGUGGUGGACUGGUUCGCCGAGUUCGCCAAACCGACCAAGUGGGUGAUCAUCCUGUCCUACCCGUUCGCCCUGAUCAUCGCCUUCAUCAACGCGUUCGGCGCUCCCGGCGCCGGCCUCCACCCG